AUGGAACUGCGCUACCUCAUUCCCGCAGUUAGCAGGUCCAACUGGGAGGAUGGAGGCCCGCCCACUCCCAGCCCUGAGGGAGGGAGGAGCCACAGCCCAGGUGGAGCAGGUGGAGAGUCCCGGUUCCAGCCUGUCCGGGACAGGAGAAGUGACUGCACGCUGGCGGGCGGAGGAGGGAGCGUUGUUGGCCCCAAGAUCCAGCUCUGGGAAGCUGGCAUUGUCUCCCAGUCGGAGCCUCGGAGGACCACAAUGGAAGAGGAAGGAAUAAGAAACUUCAAGGAACUUCGAGCCAAAUUUCAAAAGCUCAAUGCCGUACCUCUUUCAGGACCUCUUAAGUUGCCAGCUGGUGUUUCUCGAAAAGACGGUAGAGGGUACACACAGCCAAGUCAGGAUCCGGCUAAUAAGAAGUACCUCUUAUCCCACCACUAUUGGACCCCAUCUAAUUCUUCUGCUGGACUGUCCCAUCCUCUUAAAACCCAGAAAAUAAAGUCGGCUCAGAGAGAUGACGUUCAAAAGAGUUCCCUGGGAACUCCAGAAAACUCUACUGUGUGUCCUGAAAGAAAUUUCCAGAAAGCUGCCAUGACAUUGGAUAUGAAUAAAUCAAGAUCUGAGACAUCCAAUGAGGAGAGAGGAAUGACCCUCAGCAGCUUCAGAUGCAAGCUUUGGAACUGGGAGAAAGUUUCAUCUCAGAAGAGUGAAAUGUUUCCAGCUGCACUCCUUACCAAUGGGAGGCUUAAGACCUUCCAUCUCGAAGGGCACAAAACCAUGGGGCUUGCUCAAGAAAAACCAGAGAAGAGCCUGAACACAACAGAAGCCCAGCCUCUUCCUCCCCAGAACCAUUUGAUGGCCCAGGGAAAAUCACCCACGGCCUCGAAAGCCUCUAAAGCUUCAUCACUUCCUCGGUAUAGCAGGAAGCAAACAGAAAGCCCUGGCACUGAGGGGAGCCAUGAGAGCGGCCCAUGCCAACCUGUUUAUGAGUGUGAACUUGUCAGCCUGGUUCCAGAAAAACCAGAGAGCCAGCAUUGCCAGCUUCCCAAAACAAAGCCACUGCCUUCCAUUGAGAACCUUGGUCCGCCUCCCCCGAAGCCUUCGAAGCCCCCGUGCGUGAACAUCUAUGCUUUCCCCAGGCAGCCAGCUGUUGUCUCCAAGUCCCUGAAAGAAGUGACUACGAAGGAGAGCCCCCUGCCUCCGGACAGUGCAGAGUUGGAAGAAGCACAUAAUUAUGACACAACAAUUUCAUAUCUGAGACACUCUGGCAACUCUAUUAACUUGUGUGCUGCAGGAGAAAGUGCUGAAGCCACUUAUGAAAUUGAGAUUGAAGAACUCCAAAAGCCUCAGAGGGGUAUUCUCCUUCCAGAACUGAGUCCUAGACCUAAAGAUGGAGAAAACACCACAAGGGAAAAGGAGUCAUGUGCAUCAGAACCUCCAAAGCCAGGGAAGGUGUCGUACCCUAAGCAUCCUUCCAAGGUUGCUGUCUGCGAAGGGACUCCAGGAAAAACCCAGAUGUCUGGAGUCCAGGAGAACAGAAGGAGCAUGCCAGCUGGGAACCAGCAAGCCAUUAUCGACAUCAUUCAGAGCAGACACUUCCAGGAGGAUGCGAUGCUGGCUAGGCAUUCCCAGGGUAAGAGUGGGUAUGUAGAGGCUUUGGGGGUGACAAAAGAAACGCCAAGUCCAAGCACCAUUAGGUCAAGCUCCUCUUCUGAGAAGACGUAUGAUGAUGUGGAGUGCUCCAGAGAGGACAUACAAAAGUGGGACUUCUCCAGCUCGUUCACCUCAGACAGUGAAGAAAAUAGUGAAGAAACAUAUGAAGAUAUCUACAGAGCAAAGACUAGUGACCCCAAAACAGAUGCAGCGGGGAGGGCAGCCCUGAGAAGGUUGCAGCAGCUCUUCUCGAGAGAAAACGGCGUGUUCAGAAUGAAGAAAACCAAGUCAAAAGAAAUUGUCAGCAAUGGAUUUUCCAUGUCACUGCCUGACUUAGGACCUAGGUCUCAUGAUGGUAUCAUCUAUGAUGAUGUGGAUACACGUGACAAAGAAUCGAAAGUGAAAACUUGGAAGGCUAAGUUUUUGACACCGAGAGUGAAAAAGGGGAAAGGCAGCCAUGGAUCCAAACGUUUUUCUCCCAAGAAUUUCUUCAGAACUAAGAAGAAAAAAUUAGAAAAGAAUAAAGUGGAAAAGGAAGAAAAAUUGUUCAGAGAAAGAUUUCAGUAUGGUAAAGAAAUCAUGGUCAUUAACAGAGCUGUAGCAUGUUCCGGUAACUCACGAAAUGGAAUAUUUGAUCUGCCAAUAACUGCUGGAGAGCAGCUGGAGGUCAUCGACACCACUGAGCAAAACUUAGUAAUAUGUCGCAAUUCCAAAGGCAAAUAUGGAUAUGUGCUCAUUGAACAUCUGGAUUUCAAGCAUCAGGGCUGAUCCCGUUAGGAAGGUAUGCGUGACGUCAGGAUGUGUCCUAGGUGUGAGUUCACCCCUAACAGCACUUUCAGCUCCUGCCUCAAAAUGACAUGGGCAGUGGAAACUUCUGUCGGAAACUAAGAAGAAAACCUUCAACAACUCAAUGUUGGUUUUACUCCAUAAAAGUUUGUCUUUCAAUGUCUACGUUCCUGCUGGUUCAAGAAAGCGUGACACAGUAUGUUAGUGUGCGAGCAUUCGCCUAAUGAGCCAUAGCCCAAGUUAGAAACCUUGCCUUCUGGCACCGGGGAGUUGGGCAGAUAGUAAGUGAACUUCUAAUGUUAGUCCACUGCAUGUGCAGCCCCUUGGUGCAUAUCUACAUUUCAUAUGAAUUCUGUUUAGUAAAUAAUGUGCUCAUAUUCCUUUGCAUGACCAUGACACCACCACCUGAGCCACCAUCACCUGUUUUGUUUCUUAACCAAAGCGAAAGACUAGAAGACGAGGACUGAUGAAGGGAACAGUUUGCUGCAGGGGGUGGGGGUAGUGGAUUCUUUUCUGGACUCAACCAGAACUAUCAUUUGUGUUUAAGUAUAUUUAACAAAACUGUGAAGAUAUAUAAAAUAUAUACAUGUUGUACCAUGUUAAAACGGGGGAAAUGAUUAGUCUCUGUGGCUAAAACACAUCCAAAUGUAUCUCCUUUAUGUAACAGUAAAUAGAAAUUGCAGAGUUGUAAAUAACAUUCUGGUUCUACCUGAUAUGCACUGUAUGUUAAUAAAGUCUGCAUAUGCUUUCAACUACUACAUUUGAAGUUCAUUUCCUAAUCUUCCAGAGGACUCCAGUUCAGUUCCCAGC